GCUGAGAAGGCACAGAGCUGUUGAAGGCACACAGCCGAGGUGAUGUGGCCUUUUGAGACAUAGAAACGGUUUUGACACUUGAUUUCCGUCGUGUUGCGUUUUCAGUUUUGUUUGUUUCGAGGGCCAACAGGAUCAUCUUGCAAGAGUUUAUCUUUCAAACGUAGCCAUUUGCGAGCUCAAAUUCACUGAAGAACGGCUCCACCACGUAGCCAGCAUCAUGGCCCAUGUGCUAAGCCUCCGCUACCACAACAGCUUCAUCGAUGUAGAGCCAGUGGCUCCUAUUCUACGUCGUGCCAGCAGUGCUCCUGUCAUGGACCGAGUGGCUCCCUGGGGUGCUAACAAAAACGAAGAGGACAAGUUUUUGUAUGUUCAGGCACUCUCGAAGAAGCUUCAACAAAAGUGGCAAAGCGUGAGUGGUGUGAUGUGCAUGCCUCCAGAGCAAAUGCAGCUUGAUAGUAUCCCAAGCUUCGGCAGUUUGGGGCAUCCAGAUGUAUGCCACCGUCCUUGCAUGUACUUCCAGGCCGGGCUUUGCCGCAAUGGAAGUGCUUGUACUUACUGCCACCUCUCCCAUGAUGAGAAGCAGGUGAAGUUGGACAAGAAGCAAAGGGUGCUGAUGCAACAUAUCAGCUACAAGGAGCUGGUGGUUCUCACCCUGCCUUUCGUCCGACAACGGAUUCAAGAGAUGACCGUCGACGCUUCAGAACUUCUUUUUCUUUUAGAGACUGAGGCAGCGGAUGCCAACUUGCCAGUCUUUCCUCUUCGAGAGGGGCGGAACGUGUCAAGGGUCUUGGCUCGAAUGAACCUUUCCAAGUUGAUUGGCUUAGUGCAACACAAGAUCUCCAGUCAGAGCGAACUUGAGAAGGUGAACCUGUCGGAGAGUCUGGAUGCUGCACUGGAGAGGAUUCGGGACCAUUUCAUUCUGAAGGAAUGAGUGGACCGCAUUCGAUGACAACGUUUGAAAGUGCAGUGAGCUCAUAUUGCACAGAAGGGCAGCAGUACAGCAGAAGGCUGAGCUAAGAGCUUCCACUUUUUUUUUGCCUUUUCACGAGGCUUUUCAAAGAGCUGGGGAUGAAACUUUCCCUAUCUAUUCCAAGCACUCUUUUUAUGCCCACUUGGGUGGCCACCGGUUGCUUUGUCAGCUGCCACAGCUGCAGAGAACUAAAUUGGACCACUCAGGACAGCAAGGUGAAGCUUGGCACGGUGUGUUUCGGGAGACCUCCCACUUCGGCCCGGGUGUGUAUACCAGUCUACAGGGCCAGGGGAGUCUCCUUAUGAAAUACACAGCCCUUUUGCAACACUUUUUGGAAUCUUUUUGAACACCCGUCCAGCGUUCGAGUGAGAUGGCUCCGUCCAGCGCCCAACGGUUUUUUCAACAACUGACCACAGACCACACGCCGGCGAGCUGGUUGAACAUCCGAGCCAGGCGAGUGCGCAAAAGCAGGUUUCUGGUCUUGUUUCUUUCUGCCGAAGCAGCAAUGACUGAGUGUCAGUGUGUUUUCAGCCAAGGAAAA